GGGGAGAGGGGAACGACGAGUGGGUCCCGCAUAUACCAGGCGCCGCUCCCCCCAAAUCGAGGGCAAUCCUCGCGUUUGUUCCCCAAAAUCCCUAGCGAGUCUCUCUGCUUCAUCCUGCAUCCAGCGCAAUGGAACGGAAAGAGGUCAUGGACCUCGGCAGCGGCGAGCCCAAGGAGAUCAUGGACCUCAUCAGCGGCAAGCCGAUGGAGACCAUAGGCCUCGGCAGCGGCAAGGUCGAGGACUAUCCCUCCGUGAGGCGGCUCCGCAACCGGCGGCUCCUCCUCUACCUCCGGCUCCAGGGCUUCGACACUGCCUACGAUAGCGUUGUGCGCGAGUCGGGUGUGCAGAUGAGCAAGCUACAUCUGCGGCAGCUGCUGAUCUGGGGCCGGUGGAGCGAAGCCCUCAACUACAUCAGGCGCUUCCUGCCGCCGGCGUCCAAAGACCGUGGCCGCGAGGCCCGUUCCCUCCUCUUCUUCCUCAACAUGCUCUGGGCCCUGGACAACGUCGCCGCGUGCUCCAAGAGCGGCCUCGUGAGCGACUCUGCGCACCGCGACCUCCGCUUCCUGACGUCCCUCUGCAGUCGCAGCGCCAAGCUCUCCUCCAUCCUCCGAUACACGCUCCAGCCGCCGCAGUUCAGGGAGUCUCUGGACUGGAUGCUGGUGAGGGAGAAGGCAUCGUUGAUUGUCGAAGCCUGGGCUCUUGACACUCCGGAAUUGAGGCGCAACUUACAAUUGCCUGCCGGCCCAGGUCUCCCGCGGGACGUGCUUCCCAUCGGUCCCAGUCGUCCAAGGCGCCACCGGAGGGAACGAUACCGGCGGGCAAAAGCAUCUACAAUUGCCAAGUCCUAUCUCAACAGGAAGAGGAGCCUGCUGUCUUCAAGUCCACCUCCUGGAUUGCUCGAUGAUGCACUCAACUGGAUGGCUGAUCUUAUUGAGGGAUGUUUAAAAGCUGGUAAAAUUCCGGAGCUCCAUCAAGAGCUGCCACUUCAGUCAAAUGGAAAUGAAGGUGCUUCUGGUUCUCCACUUUUGCAGACCAUGUUUAGUACCGUGACAAAUCCUUCUAAAAACCCUGGGAUCUCAUCAGUGACAAAUGCAGGUGCUCCAAGUUGCACAGGUAGGCCUAAAUGUACUUGGUGCUCAUCAGUUGCAUUUUCAGGUGGUGCAAUCUCACAGCCUUUUAGAACACCUUGGAUCACAUCUGCCUCAAAUGCAGGCCCAAUCAAGCAUUCUGUUGGAAGGAAAAGGAAUUCAGGAGAAGUUUUGGUCACUGCCGAGGAAGAUAAUCCUGAUAGGAAAAGGCAACUGACUGAACUGGAGUUGGUGACUGAAGUGGAAGCUGGAUCUUGCAGCGCCAACUUGAUGGCUAACUGAGCGGGCAUUACUCGUGGCGCUCCUUCGAGUCGAUUUGCUGCCUACUGUGUUGGAGCACCGAGCUAUGCUAUGUUACAAACUUGAGAUUUGCAUGUCUCCUAGCUAGAACUACUUUUGGUAGUGUUAUGUUAUCACCAUGGAGAGCGACAUUACAUCCGUGUUUCCAAGUGCUUGGUGUCGUGUGUUAAGUUGUAAGGGGAUCAUGAAUCAGAACUAAAUCAGAUUUAUUAUAUAUUUUCGUUUGUUUUU